AUGGCAGGCGUCGCCAUCACGUCAAACGCGAACCCGACACUAUUCCCCAUCGUCUUCACGCUCAUCGUUGCCAAAUUCAUCAAAGCGAUUGCAACAUGGAGGCUCGAGCAAGGCGCAACUGUAGGACUUAGCCAACUGCUACUCGGCAGCAGAUCGUUGGUGUCGUCGGUCUUGACACCAUGGAAACUUCGUAGCUUGAGCUUCCUUGUGCCGCUCAUCGUCCUACUCUGGAUUCUCAAUCCUGUCGGCGGUCAAACGUCCCUGCGGGCGGUGAAGAAGGCGAGCAACUACACCAUCGUCGAUACGCCAUUCGUAUACUACGAUCGGGAUGCCACACCAUACAGCCCAAUACCCAUCGCCUUUCCACCAUUCGUGAAGGCAGCCACCUCAGCGUUCAACAUGGCAUUGUUCAGCCCAAGCACUUCCAAGAACGGCACGCAGGACCUCUUCGGCAACGUUCAGAUUCCAAUGCUCGAAGACCUGAGACUACACCAGGAACCAGACGUGGAUGGCUGGUACACUACAAUCGGCCGCAAUCUGACAGGCGCAUAUGCUGCCCUGGCUACUGCGCUUGAUGUGCCAAAGUCUACGCACAAACUGGUCUACUCGUCUCUCGUUGGAUUGCCAUUUGUUCGGAACGAUUCCUUCACUCAAGCGCAAGCAAGAUCGACCAAUAGCACCGAUGACACGGCAGCACUUGAUCCUAAAUUGCAAGCUAUCAAGCAGGACCUGUUCGGCGAUGACCUCGUGAACAUCAAGCAGCUAUUCAACGUUGAGACGUCCUACCUGAAUGCCGACUGCUCGGUGCAGAACGUUUCGCCGUCUGGUCCCAGCAACCUCACAUAUGACAACUACCUGCAGUCCAACCUAUCGAACUGGGCCAACUCGACAUCCGUAGUCUCCAAUGGCCAGGGUCUGGCCGUCGACUUUGGAAGCACGCACAAUGUGAAUAGCACAGACCCACGCAGGAUCGGCUUCGAGUCUUGGCUGGCCUUCGACAGUGCCACAACAAGCACCAACCUCACAGUGACACUCAGUGAGGCCUGGUGCAACCUGACCACAACGUACAUUGAAGCCCAGGUCUACUGCAUGACCGAGCGAAACUGCACAGUCUCGAAGGUCCGCGCAUCAACCAAGCCACGGUCAUCAUCAUCUCUCACGGUUCUCGACGGCAUCACCCACCCAACAUACGCCCAACCCGACUCCCCCCUCAACCACCAACAAGAUGAGGAAUUCCAACAAUACGCCGCCAAAGUCGCACCAGAGUUCUUCCAAACCUUCCUCCUAGCAACAGCAAACGAGACUCGCGGCCCAACCACGCUGACACCCCUUGAAUCCUACUUUGCCGACCCAGUCACUCCCUUCAGAUCCGCCAUUGGAGACAGUUUCACCGAGACCCAAACACCUCUCUACGACAUCAGCGACCAGCUCUUCUCCACGCGCUUCUCUCAGCUCCUCGAUACCUGGAUGUUGGCAGCCGGCGACCCAUACACCUUGACCGGCGGCAUCGACAUAGCUGCAGCGAACGAUGACACAAGUAUCGCCCUGACCCAAUCCAGCAAUGGCCAGAUCUCAGUUGAGAAGACGGUCCUGCGAUGCCACAAGAUCUUCUUCGCUAUCCUGGUGAUAGUCUCGACGAUCCUCUUCGGCAUGGGACUCGCCACUGCCUACCUCGAUGCCACACGCAAGGGCCCUGACGUACUGGACGACUUUGUCAACUCGAUCCGCCACAGCCCGUAUGUGCACGUUGAGCAAGGUCCUUCGAUGGAGGAUGGUCAAGACAAGGCGAGGAGGUUGAAGAAUACUGUAAUUCAGAUGGGUGAUGUAAAACCUGAUGAUGCUGUUGGAUACGUCGCUAUCGCGCAAUUCGAUACCUUACCUACGUCCCCCAUAGAUGUCCUAGCUCUGCUGCGGGUACCUAAUGGAUACAACGGUGCCAAUUGGACUGGCUGGGAUACUUUUGCACCAGCACUGUUCAAAUCCGUCGUCCCUGGAACCGAAAAUCUCUACCUCAGCGGCGUCAAGCCCCACAGCGGCUCCGUGACAGCAGGAGAGUACAUCAUCACCAACAUACUCUACGGUAGAAACUUCCCGUUAUUCCCAAGCGCCAACAUCACACUUUCCCGCAGUGCCGACGUCAAGUCCUUCGACUUCAAGCGGUUCUACUAUGGCUGCCUGACCGUAACCUUCAAUGGCUUUUUCAUCCUUGCCACAAGCUGUCAGAUCAGCGUCACGGGAACGAAAGUUAACGGGGAGCAGGUGCCGGCCUAUGCACCAGGUGGGUUCGUGCCAGGGAAGCUCCCUCAGAACGAAAUGACCAAGGUUGAUCUGGGACCGGAGGUCUCAGAGUUGAUCAGUGUUAGAAUCGCCAUGACGCUGCAAGGCCUGGGACCGCCGGCGAAUGCUGGCGUUAUUAUUGAUGAUGGGGUGCGGUGCCUGCGGCGCUGA